AUGGCGGUACCUUUUAUUGUUCAGUGGCUGGAGUUGCAGGAAGAGCGGCAGUUUUGUGAGCAUCGCGAUGCGUUCCAGAUGCCCGAGGAAAUGUUCCGGUCUCGGUAUCGACUGAGUAAGGACUUGGCACGGUGGUUGUGUGAAGAGCUUCGUCCGGUGCUUGUGCAGGAGCGAGUGAACACUCGCACAGCGUUGACUGUAGAAGUUCAAGUUCUGUGCGCACUUCGCUUCCUUGCCACAGGCGCAUUUCAAGGUGCUAUUGCCAGUGACGAAGACUGUAGGUUCCAGGGCUGCGUCGGAGCUGUGGACGGCACAUUUGUGUGCAUUCGCGCACUAUCGGAGAGGGACGAUGCCAACAAGGCGGCUUACUUCUGCCGGAAAGGCUAUUACGCCUUGAACGUCGUGGUGGUGUGUGAUGCGAACCUCAGAAUAACUGCCCUCGAAACCUCAUACCCAGGAUCUGUGCACGACUCUUUUGUGUGGAAAGCAUCAAGCCUCUACGCAGAGCGCCGAUCUGGGAGCCUGCUUCAUGGUGGUGAAUACCUGCUUGGUGACAGCGCCUAUCCGCUCCAGCCAUGGCUUGUCACACCUGUUCCUGGGAGCCACAUUUCUGGUAGCCCCGCAGCCAUAAUUAACGCUGCCCACUCAUCACUGCGCUCACUUGUGGAACGCAGUAUUGGGGUCCUCAAGAUGCGCUUCAGGUGUCUGCAACGGCACCGCGCGCUCUACCGUGGGCCAGUGUUCACGUCAAAAAUCACUGAAGCUUGCGCAGUGCUGCACAACUUGUGCGUGCGCGCUGAGCUUCCAGAGCCAGAUUGCACCUCUGGGAUCGACGACUUUGACGGAGACGUGAACGCAUACGAUGACAGCGAAGAUGUGACGGUGGCAACACUCUACAGGUGCCGCGAUACUUAUGCUGCCCGCAACGUCUCCACACUCCUGCGGCACUGGCUCAAGCUGGGGGCUUGCAUGGGCAGUCUGUGA